CGUAUUUUUUCGCUCUCACGUUGGCAGCACGCCAAGUUCGAAGUAAUCGCGGAUCGUAUCGUAAAAAGUGGAAAAUCGCUCCAAAAAAUUGGAUUUUUCGGGUUGUUUUCCAUGCGUGAGCCUGAAAAUCAGAGCACCUUCAUUCACAGUACAACAAAGGACAUGUAUUAAGCGUCAGGUGGUAGGCUCAGCAACGUUUGGAUCGAUUUUCUUCGGGAUCGAAUUGGCCCUGAUGUUGGCACGUGUUUGAGGUUAGACUCCCUUACCAUUACUUAUGCCCAACGUUGGGAGGCAAAUUUUUGGCAAGCUAUAGAACGUGCCACUAGAAGCAUUAUAGAAGCAGUUCGUUACAUAAAACACUACUUGGUGGAAGGUGCGGAGCGGCUGUUGUAGAAAAUGACAACUCAAGAUCGAAUAUUGACGGUCGCGCUGCAAACUAAUUACGACAUACGCCGGCGGCUAAUAGCGAAUGGGGAAACAUGGGAAUGUUUACCGUAUCUUUCCGAUUCAAAACCUAUUGAUCCGAAGUGUCCACCCACGAAGGCAGAGCUGGAAGCGGCCGGAUUACUUCCAACGCAGGCGAAUCAGAAUGGUACCGAAGAGGAGCAGAAGCUAGAUCCAGAGGCAUUGUUCGAGCAGAUGUUCGAUUUGGAUAUUGAUUAUCUGAAAAGCUUGGAUCCUAAGGAUUGGAAGAAUCAGGAUCAUUAUGCAGUGCUGGGGUUGAAAAAAAUGCGAUUCGUAGCCACUGAGGACGACAUCAAACGAGCCUAUCGCAAGAUUGUACUGAAACAUCAUCCGGACAAGCGAAAAGGCUUGGGUGAAGAGGUUAAGAAUGAUGACGAUUAUUUCCACUGCAUUACGAUGGCCUACGAGACGUUGGGAACGCUGAAGAAUAGACGAGCUUUUGACUCGGUAGAUCCGGAAUUCGACGAUACCUUACCAUCUCAGAGUGAGGUAAAGAAGGAUUUUUACAAGGCGCUGAGAAAUGUUUUCAAGCGAAAUGCACGAUGGAGCGAAUCCAAAAAGCCAGCACCUCAGCUUGGCGACGAUAAUACUGAGCGGGAUAAGGUAGAAAAAUUCUACGAUUAUUGGUACAAUUUCUCAAGUUGGAGAGAGUUUAGCUAUCUAGACGAAGAAGACAAAGAUAAGGGUCAGGAUCGUGAAGAGCGUAGAUGGAUUGAGAAGCAAAACAAGGCUAUCAGAUUGCAGCGAAAGAAGGAAGAAUCGGCCAGGAUCAGGACGUUGGUUGAUUUGGCCUAUAACAACGAUCCUCGAGUGGUAAAAUUCAAAAAAGAAGACAAAGAUCGUAAAUUAGCAGCUAAGCGUGCCAAACAGGAUGCGUAUCAGGCUCAGAAAGCAGAAGAGGAACGAUUAGCGAAGGAAGUCGCGCUGGCCAAACAAAAAGCAGCUGAAGCAGAACAAAAGCGCAUAGAGACCAUCCAGAUUGAGAAGGAAAAGAUGAAGCGUGCCUUAAAAAAAGAACGCAAAACACUUCGGGAUGCUGCUAAGGCCAACGAUUACUACGUGAACGAUGAAAAGGAACGAUUGAAGCAUUUGGAAGGUGUGGAAAAGCUUUGCGAGUCACUCAAGGUUCAGGAGCUACAAGAAUUCAACAAAGAGUUGGCGUUUUUUGGUCGCGUUGCAUUCUGUAAUGCUCUUGCGGCAUUAGAGCAGAAAUUGGAAGAGGAACGUCGUUCACUGGCAGCUCAAAGUCAAUCUAUUCCGAACAAUCCGGGGCUAAAAGUUGUUAAUCGCAAAGCUCUCUGGAACAAUGACAACGUCCAGUUGCUAAUAAAAGCUGUUAAUUUAUUCCCGGCUGGGACCAUCUCUCGCUGGGAAGUUAUUGCCAACUAUCUGAACCAGCACGGUACCAACCUUAAUGACAUGAAAUUCUACGCCAAGGACAUUUUGAACAAAGCCAAGGAACUACAAAGCGGGGAUUUUUCGAAGAGCGAUCUCAAAACCGUUGUCAAUCAGCAGGCGUACGAGUCCUUCGAGAAGACGAGAAAGGAUCUGAAGGUGGUGGACAAAGCCGAAAUCAGCACUAAAGAUGACGAAACCUCACCACCGACAAAGGCUGUGAAUGGCCAACCACCUACAAUGAACGGUACACAUGAACCAUCCGAAGAAAAGGAAAACGUAAGCAAAUCACAGGAGGCGAAGCCUGUUGCUCAGCCGGAAAAGGAAGCUCCGGCGAAGGAAGUCAAAAAAGAAAAGAAAGAAAAGGAGAGCAAAGUGUGGAGCAAGGAAGAGCAAGCUUUGCUGGAACAGGCCAUCAAGACUUACCCGGUCUCCACACCGGAUCGCUGGGAUAGGAUAGCGGAAUGUAUCCCGAACCGGACGAAGAAGGAAUGUCUGCGGCGGGUAAAGGAGCUGGUCGAUUUGGUCAAUGCCAAGAAGGACGCCCAGCAGGCUGCCAAGUAAGAGCAACAAAAGCGUGGAUUGUGGAUAGCUGGUGACAACGGCGAUUCGCAUUCAACAGCUGCUAGCCAAUAAACAACUAUUUGAUUUAUCCCUUGCGACUAUUUUAUGUUAGUUUUUGUAAAUAAAUCAUUUAAAAUUACUGAAAA